AUGGCUUCCCAGAAUCUGGCUGCACUGACUGUCCGGAGUGGAGGAAAUGUCUUGGUUCCUUGUUACCCCUCUGGAGUGAUCUACGACCUUCUGGAGUGCCUGUACCAGUACAUAGACUCUGCUGGGCUCUCCAAUGUCCCGUUCUACUUCAUCUCCCCGGUCGCCAACAGCUCGCUGGAAUUCUCCCAGAUCUUUGCCGAAUGGUUGUGUCACAAUAAGCAGACAAAGGUGUACCUGCCGGAGCCGCCCUUCCCGCAUGCGGAGCUAAUUCAGACCAACAAAUUGAGGCAUUAUCCCAGCAUCCACGGGGACUUUAGCAAUGAUUUCAAGCAACCCUGUGUGGUGUUCACCGGUCACCCCUCCCUUCGGUUUGGGGACGUGGUGCAUUUCAUGGAGCUGUGGGGGAAAUCCAGCCUCAAUACGGUCAUAUUUACAGAGCCCGACUUCUCUUACCUGGACGCGUUGGCUCCCUACCAGCCUCUGGCCAUGAAAUGUGUUUACUGCCCCAUUGACACCAGACUGAAUUUUAUCCAGGUGUCCAAGUUACUCAAGGAAGUACAGCCUCUCCAUGUGGUUUGCCCAGAGCAAUACACGCAGCCCCCACCGACCCAGUCUCAUCGCACGGACCUGAUGGUUGAUUGCCUACCCCCACCCAUGUCCUACCGCCGAGCGGAAGUGCUGACUCUUCCGUUCAAGCGCCGCUAUGAGAAGAUUGAAAUCACACCAGAGCUUGCAGAGUCCCUGGUGCCCACCGAGAUGAAGCCGGGUGUUUCCCUGGCAACCGUCACAGCCGUUCUGCACACCAAAGACAACAAGCACGUGCUGCAGCUUCCUCCCAAACCGCCCCAGCCCCAAACUGGCAAAAAGAGGAAACGGGUGACGGACGAGGUGCCGGAACUGAAGCCCGUCAAGCCUUUGCUCAGUGGCUCUGUCCCCGUGGACCAGCUGGUCCAGACUCUGGAGAAGCACGGCUUUAGCGACGUGAAGGUGGAAGACACCCCAAAAGGCCACAUCGUGCUGUUCCAAGACGUGGAAACCCUCAUUCGCAUUGAGGAGGAUUCGACGCACAUCAUGUGUGAAAGCGACGAGGCCCUGCGGGUGAAGCUGCAGGAUCUGGUGCUAAAAUUCCUGCAGAAAUUCUAGCUUUGGCUCGGGGUGGGGGCGGAGCAGCAAUGGAGGCUGGUUCAGGAGAGCAGAGCUCACUGCCCUAGGCACGAAAUUCGGGCUGCUCUCCAGCGUGGCCCUUGUGUCAUUAAAUAGAAAGGAAGAAUUCAACAGGUGUAGC